AUGGGUAAAUAUUGCAAAAUUUUGGUUCCCAGUCUGAAAAAUAUUUUUAUUUGUGUAUUAAUCAUAAAAUAUUUGUACCUCGGAGAUAAACGAAUUUUUCGGAGGAAGACUUAUCUUCACAACCUUCUAAGUUAUUCGAAGGAAGUUCCAUUUGAAACGGUAAAUGCUGGAGUGGAGUUCAAUUCGUUUGCCGAUAAUCUCAAGAAAAUGCCAGAAGCUCCCUACGUAAUUAUGUUUGAUUCCUCAAAUAUAGAUGUGUUGUAUAAUCAUAUAUGUAAUCUAAAAUUCAUUCCAAAUGCGUUAUCCCGAGUUGUGACAAUUGCUUUUGAUAAGGAUGCUCAUUUGAACCUUCAAGAUAAAUAUCCACAUAUUCCGAAUACUCUCAUUGAUUUGGCACCGUUAAAAGAAUCAUUAAAAUCAGUGGGUGAGAAUCAUGGAUAUUUGACUUACAGUCUGGUAUUGAUGGUUCGCGUUAAAAUAUGCGCUAGUUUGGCACAACGAGGUAUCAAUUUUUGGAUUUCACAGCAAGAUACAAUAUGGACUGAAAAUUUUCAAAUGCUAAAUAUAGAAGACAUGUAUCCAGAAGCUCAUUUAAUCAUGGAUAAAAUCGGAAACGAGUCACCUUAUUAUGAUAGACUAAGGAUGUGGGCAUGUGGAGCUACAUUUUUUGUGAGAGGAAGUCCUACAACUUAUCAGUAUUUUAAACAAGUUGAAUCAUACAUGUUUACAUAUCAAAGCCCGGACUCAUCAAUUAUGACAUAUUUUUGUGGUCAUAGUGGAUAUAAAUGCGAGUUUCUACCACAUUCAGUUGCUUCGUCUAGUAACUAUUUUGAAACAACACGAGAAUAUGUUCCUGCUUUGAUUCAACUUGAUGGCGAAAAGAAGUAUAAAGAAACAAAAAUGGAUACUUUGACAAGAGGAAAAUUCAAUUUCCAAUUCAAGAAUGGUACAUGCAAUGUGGAUGUUUAUAGGAAUGCAAAGGAAAAUGCAAAAACAGCUUAUUUGGAAGCAAUUGGACGAUGGCCGAUCAUUCCGGAAACACGAUUUGUACAAAUACAAUAUUUUCUUAAAACAUUGUUUAAUGUCGACCCAUUGAACAGAAAAGCUUUUAUGAAAUAUCAUUACGUUCUCAUGUAA